CUCCUUGCAUUGUAGCGACAGCCGCACGAGAGAAAGACUGGUGGGGUGAGGCAGAAGUUUCAACGAGGUUAGAAAGUUCUCCAUCGACGACAAACAGAGGAAGGACAAAUCUUCCAUUUACUGUAACGUUUAAAUGGAUGUGAAAGAGGAGACGUUUGAGGCCGACAUGAAUAUCAUGGAGGAGAGGACCAUAAAUAUUAAGAAGGAGGACUUUGAGUGGGCGAGUGUCCACCCCACACAGGAGAGUCUGGACAUCAAGGAAGAGGACCGUGAACUGGGGUCAGUGAGUAUUAAAGAGGAGGAUGAAGAGGAGUGUGUCAGCAAUGAGAUACACAAAUAUAGGAGUAUGGAGAGUGCCAAGGAAGAUGACCUUCAUUAUGAACACCAAGAUGGAGCAGUGACCGGGUUAGUCUCUUCUCAUAGCAGACACUCUUCAUCUCCGGAGUCUUCUAUCAAUGUAAAGUAUGAAUCAUUACAGUCUGACACAAAGUGGACUGAAGAAAAUUCAUCUCCUAAAAUACAGAAAGGUCAGCCACCACCUAAAACAUCAUCUGAAACAAGAAUCAAACAUCACUGCUGUUCUGAAUGUGGCAAACAGUUUACACGGAGAGGCAAGCUUCAGCGCCACCAAAGAAUUCACACAGGAGAGAAGCCGUAUGACUGUUCUGAAUGUGGUAAACAGUUUUCACAGAGAAGCAAUCUUCAGAAACAUCAAAGAAUACACACAGGAGAGAAGCCCUAUUGCUGCUUUGAAUGUGGUAAACAAUUCUCUCGCACUAAUUAUCUUCAGAGACAUAUUAGAACUCACACAGGGGAGAAGCCGUAUUGCUGUUCUGAAUGUGGCAAAAAGUUUUCACAGAGAAGCAGUCUUCAGAAACAUCAAAGAAUUCACUCAGGAGAGAAGCCCUAUUGCUGCUUUGAAUGUGGUAAACAAUUCUCUCACCGUUUUUCUCUUCAGCAACACAUUAGAACUCACACAGGGGAGAAGCCAUAUUGCUGUUCUGAAUGUGGAAAAAAGUUUUCACAGAGAAGCAGUCUUAAUUACCACCAAAGAAUUCACACAGGAGAGAAGCCGUAUGACUGUUCUGAAUGUGGUAAACAGUUUUCACAGAGAAGCUAUCUUCAGAUACACACAAGAGUUCACACUGGAAAGCCCUAUUGCUGUAAUGAAUGUGGCAAACAGUUUUCACAAAAAGGAGAUCUUCAGAGACACACAAGAGUUCACACCGGAGAGAAGCCAUAUUGCUGUAAUGAAUGUGGCAAACAGUUUUCAAAGAUGGCCAGUCUUCAGAGACACACAAGAGUUCACACUGGAGAGAAGCCAUAUUGCUGUUAUGAAUGUGGUAAACAGUUUUCACAGAAAGGCAAUCUACAGAAACACACGAGAGUUCACACCGGAGAGAAGCCAUAUUGCUGUAAUGAAUGUGGCAAACAGUUUUCACAUAUAGGCAGUCUUCACAAACACACUAGAGUUCACACUGGAGAAAAGCCAUAUUGCUGUAAUGAAUGUGGCAAACAGUUUUCACAGAUGAACAAUCUUCAGAUACACACAAGAGUUCACACCGGAGAGAAGCCAUAUUGCUGUAAUGAAUGUGGCAAACAGUUUUCAGAGAUGGGCAGUCUUCAGAGACACACAAGAAUUCACACUGGAGAGAAGCCAUAUUGCUGUUAUGAAUGUGGUAAACAGUUUUCACAUAUAAGCGAUCUACAGAAACACACGAGAAUUCACACCGGAGAGAAGCCAUAUUGCUGUAAUGAAUGUGGCAAACAGUUUUCACGUAUAAGCAGUCUUCAGAAACACAGUACAGUUCACACUGGAGAGAAGCCAUAUUGCUGUAAUCAAUGUGGUAAACAGAUGGAUAGUCUAAAGAUACACACGAGAGUUCACAACAGAAUAAAAACAGUAGAAGUUCAAAAUUCAGUCUAG